CUCCUCUAUUGACUUUUCCAUCAUCUUCUCUGCAAGAUAAAUCAAGGAAGACGGAGAGGAAUACAACAGUGACAAAAAUCGCCGGAGAAUUCUACGGCUUUCAAAUCACCGGUGAGUUCUUUUUCUAAGCUUUGAUUUUGCAACGUUUUUUAGCUUUACUCUACGAUUCAUUGACGAUCAGGCAGCAAGACAGACAAUAAGAAAGAUGUCAUUGUCUUGGAUUUUGAGGAUCACAAGAAAUGGCAGCCAUUGGUUUGUCUCUCAUCGACCCUCAUCUUAUGGACUCUUGCUCUCCAACAAUUCCCACUCUUCUACUCGAAAGGUUUUCAAUUGCAGAGAAACUUAUUCUUGGACUGUACCUUCCUUUCAUGUUUUCAAACAUCAGAUUCAUCACCAGAGCAGUUCCUUAGUGGAGGAACAGCUUGACCCAUUUUCACUUGUUGCUGAUGAGCUAUCACUUCUCGCUAAUAGAUUGCGGUCAAUGGUAAUUGCUGAGGUUCCUAAGCUUGCCUCAGCUGCCGAGUACUUUUUUAAAAUGGGAGUACAAGGAAAGAGGUUCCGUCCCACGGUUUUGUUGCUGAUGGCGACAGCUUUGAAUGUGCGUAUACUUGAAACGGAAACUGGCAGUGAAGGAGAUGCUUUGACAACAGAACUACGUAAAAGACAGCAAUCUAUAGCUGAAAUUACCGAGAUGAUCCAUGUGGCAAGUCUUCUGCAUGAUGAUGUAUUGGAUGAUGCAGAUACGAGACGUGGUAUUGGUUCAUUAAAUCUUGUUAUGGGCAAUAAGGUGGCAGUACUUGCUGGAGAUUUUCUACUUUCACGAGCUUGUGUAGCCCUUGCUUCUUUGAAAAACACAGAAGUUGUUACAUUACUAGCGACAGCUGUAGAGCAUCUUGUUAAUGGUGAAACUAUGCAGAUGACUUCGACAUCUGAGCAACGUUGUAGCAUGGAGUAUUAUAUGCAAAAGACGUACUACAAGACUGCAUCUUUGAUUUCAAAUAGCUGCAAGGCAAUUGCCCUUCUUGCUGGGCAAACAACAGAAGUUGCAAUGUUGGCUUUUGAGUAUGGCAAAAAUCUGGGAUUGGCAUAUCAAUUGAUUGAUGAUGUUCUUGAUUUCACGGGAACUUCUGCUUCCCUUGGAAAGGGUUCAUUAUCUGACAUUCGCCAUGGAAUUGUAACAGCUCCAAUAUUGUUUGCCAUGGAGGAGUUCCCUCAGUUGUGUUCAGUUAUUGACCGGGGCUUUGACAAGCCUGAAAACAUUGAUGCAGCCCUUGAGUACCUUGGGAAGAGCCGUGGAAUACAGAGAACAAGGGAGCUAGCUGCAAAGCAUGCUAAUCUUGCUGCAGCAGCUAUUGAUUCUUUACCUGAAACUGAUGACGAAGAAGUAAGAAAAUCACGGAGGGCGCUAGUUGAUCUUACUCAAAGAGUAAUCACAAGAAAUAAAUGACAGAAUAUGAAUUCUUGCAACAUAGCGUAGAAGUAAGAAAAUCACGGAGGGCGUUUACUCAGAGUAAUCACAAGAAAUAAAUGACAGAAUAUGAAUUCUUGCAACAUAGUGUAGCAGAUUUUUGCUUAUUUUUCAUUUUAUUGUUCCUGCAUUUGAGGGUCUUGCUCCACAUUAUUUAUUCAAUUACUUGGAUUUUUGUUCCACAA